AAUCAAAACAACACAAUUUUUGCCAUCAUUGGACUGAGUGUACACACGAAUCCAUAUCAUUAGUAAUGCUAGAAGAUGACACUGGUGGUGGCGGGAGUACUCCUGGAAACAUUCUUCCCAAUUGGAUUAUCAUAGUCUCCUUCUACUGCUCAAUAAUAUCUGCCAUGAUUGUUAUACUAAGUAUCGUACUUCACCUUGUCAACUACAGGAAACCGUUUCAACAAAGAUUAAUGAUCCGGAUUCAAUUGAUUGUCCCGUUGUUUGCAUUCUCUUGCUACUCAAUGUUGAUCAACCAACUGUCAGUAUUUAACAAAUAUGUUCUUGAACCUAUACGAGAAGUGUAUGAGGCAUUCGUUAUUUACACAUUUUUCUCCCUUUUAACAGAGUUGUUGGGAGGUGAAAGAAAUAUCAUUAUCAUGACCAGUGGUAGAAGUCCUGUAAGGCAUCCUGGUGUUAUAUUGGGAAAUUGUUUGCCGCCAAUGGAUAUUUCGGAUUCCCAUACUUUUUUGGCUAUCAAACGAGGCAUACUACAAUAUGUUUGGUUGAAACCGAUAAUAAUUAUCACAACAUUCUUAACGCAGUUGCUUGGAUGGUAUAACGUAAACGAUUUAAGUUUUAAAUCUAUUUACUUUUGGUUAACGUUGAUAUAUAAUAUGAGUGUCACAUUGUCUUUAUAUUGCUUGGCUAUGUUUUGGAAAAUCUUGUGGAAUGAUUUAAAACCGUAUAAACCAGUGGGGAAGUUUCUUUGUGUUAAAUUAAUUAUCUUUGCCUCGUAUUGGCAAGGUGUGAUAUUGGCUAUUUUAAAUUUCUUUCAAGUGUUGGGAGAUACAACUAACGAAGGUGAUAUCAGUAUUGGUGUUUGUAUUCAGAAUGCUUUACUUUGUGUUGAAUUAAUUGGAUUCGCUUGGGGCCAUUGGGUUUCGUUUACUUAUAAACCAUUUACUAUAAGUGAAUUGCCUUAUGGAAGAUAUCAACUAAAGUAUUCACUUAAAGAUUGUUUUGGAUUCCGUGACUUAAUAAAUGAUUUCAAAUUGACAUACUAUGGCGAUUACUAUAAGAAUUAUAAACAGUUUGAUUCAGUUGAUGCUAUGGUUGCCCAUCCUGAUUCUAAAGGAAGAAUGAGUAGAAUUCACCAAGGAUUGAGGUACCAUUACGAUGGGAAACAUAAACACUGGUUGCCUGAUAAUACCAAUACUUUGACUGUUUCAUCUCCAAUAAUUCAAAGUACUUCUGAGAUUCAUGCUUUGGAUAAUAGUUCGUUAUACUCAAAUAAUACUUCCAUGAGAGCAAUUUAUCCAUCAUCACCAAAACAAUCACCACCAAAUUCACCGGUAUCGGCUGUUAAAACAAUGCCACCAGAACAAACAAUUGAAGAAAUUAUCGCCAAUGAUCCAGACCUUUCUGUAGUUGAUUAUUCACAAGAAUCUUUUAAUCAAGAUGAAGAAAUAUACCAAAUGGCAAUAAAGCAGGUUGGGAAUUAUAAAUUAGAUCAAGUGGGGAUUAAGAAGAUGUUGAAUUAUCCUAUAGUGGACGAGGUAAUUGAUAGUCAUGUUUAUGGAUAUAAAGUUAAAAAGCUAAGACAAAGACAAAGGCUAAGAGAUCAACAUCGAAGGGGAGAGAGAACGGAAAUUCAAGGUGGAAGUAAUGAAAGCUACCGGUAUGGUAGUAUUGUAUAAUAUUAUUUAUGUGUAUAUACAGGCUAUGUACAAGAAAUUUAAUCUUCGAUCUUAAACAGAUACAAUGCAUCAAGAUCUUCUUCGGAUUUUGUAGUUUGUUUCUGUUCUUUCUGUUUGGAUUUGGUAUCUUUCAGUUUUGUCUUUUUGGCGGCCACUUUCUCUCCACGAUCAUCUUCUUCUGGCUCCAUAGGUUGCUUUUUCUUUUGAGCGGUUAGUCUAUAAGCACAUUUGGUCUCAAUAUCACCUUCAACAGUCCAAGUGCAUGGCAAUUCAUCCAAAACCAGUUCAAUGGUUUGUUUCACUAGCUCUCGUUUUUUUAAUUCAAGAUUAUAAUCAUCUUCGUUUCUAUGCAUAUGAGAAACAUGACUGCUAUCAGUAUCAAAUCCUCUAUUACUAUUAGUUUGAAAUCUAACUUGUAGAUUCUCUCCCUUCGACAAUCGCUUUAAAAUUUCGUUCUUUUUUUGAUUCAACAAGUCACUUGUGUUAAUACUCCAUUUGCAACUAAUUACUUUUUCGGCACUACGUUUCAGUAAUGCCUUUUCACGACUCUGUAUAGCGUACGCAGUUUUCUUAGAUCCCAUAGCUAAUAGCUCUUGCUCUUUAAUUUUGGCAAGUUUGUCCGAAUAAACUUUUGUCAUUUCAUGAACCUUGCAUAAUUUAACUAAGGGGUAAUUAUCAUCUAAUUCAACACAUGUGAUGCCCUGCUUCGUUAAAUCCAUAGAGUUUACUAUAUCAGCAAGAUGAAGAACCUCGAUGGAAUUCGUUUCCGGGUUAAGAUAUUGUACUUUAAAAUCGGGGGAAAUUUCUUGAACUCGUAAAACUAUUGAUCUUAUGGCAUUUUGACAAGAUUCUGUGCCCAGAUGAAUGAAAAACUUACGAGGUCUGUUGUUAUCACGAUUUGACCUCUUAUUGUCCGAUUUGUUCCACCUUUCCUGUCUCCGUGGUAUUUCUUGAGACUCAGAAUGUGUUCUGAAUCUAUUGAACUUUUCAAACUGUGAUUUUCCAGCAGAUUGUCUUGGUUUAUGGGAGUUGUCAUCAUGAUUGAAAUCUUUGAAUAAGUUAAAACAUAUUGUGGAAUUCUUAUAUGUUCGUUUAAUUAUAUUAUAUGUACUUUGACGAACUAACAUCUUUUGCCUGAUUUGAUGUAGU